AUGGAAGAGGCUGUUUUGAUUGACUCCACAGUGCAGAAUUCUAAUGGGAGGAAAUCCCCAGAGAUCCUGCAGGAAGAGGGGCUUCAACCAGCCAGGUGCUCUGAGGAGGAAAGACUUACCCAGAGCCAGGAAGGUGGACAGAGCUUCAGCCAGUUUUUGGAGCUGAUGGCCCAGGAGCAGCUUCAUGAUGGGGAGAAGCCCCACAAGUGCUUGGAGUGUGGGAAGAGCUUCAGGCAGCGCAGCACCCUGAUCAGCCACCAGAUGAUCCACACUGGGAAAUGGCCCUACGAAUGUGGAGAAUGUGGGAAGGGCUUCAGCUGCAGCUCCCACCUUGUGACCCACCAACGCAUCCACACUGGGGAGAGGCCCUACGAGUGUCCUGAGUGUGGGAAGAGGUUUCACACCAGCUCUAAUCUCCUCUGCCACCAGCAGAUUCACAUAGAGGAGAGGCCCUUCUGCUGCCCCGACUGCGGGAAGGGCUUCAAGCACAACUGCACCCUCAUCAGGCACCGGCGCAUCCACACUGGUGAGAGGCCCUAUGAGUGUCCCCAGUGUGGGAUGAGCUUCACCCGGAGCUCUCACUUGACCAGACACCAAAGGAGGCACCAGUAA